UCUCUUUCUUAUCCAGGCUACCGUGAAACAUGGAGCGAACUAGCAUUACAGUGCCGAAACCGCCAAAGAGGAAUGUUAUCCGCAUCAAAAUCAUCAGCAUGGGGGACGCAGGAUGUGGUAAAUCCUGUCUGAUCAAGAGAUACUGCGAGGAGAAGUUCGUCUCCAAAUACAUCUCAACCAUCGGCGUGGACUACGGCGUGAAAUCGGUCGUUGUGAGCAACCAGCAGGUGAAGGCGAACUUUUGGGACCUUGCGGGAGGGCCGGAGUACUUCGACGUGCGCAACGAGUUCUAUCGCGAUGCUCAGGGGGCGAUCCUAGUGUUCGAUGUGAGCAAUCGCGCGAGCUUCGAGGCGCUGGAAGGUUGGGUGCAGGAGGCGUACAAACAUGGGGCGAAGGACAUGCAGGUCGCUGUCUGUGGGAACAAGUGCGACAGCAAGAGCAGAGAAGUGAAACCCAAGGAAGCGCAAGCAUGGGCGAACAAGAACGGUUACUUGUACUUCGAAACAUCUGCAAACAGUGGAGAGAAUGUUCAAACUUGCUUCAACGAUCUUUUCACGGCUGUUGUCCGAAACCUCCCUCAACGAUGAUAUCACUUCUACCUCAAACUAGCAAUCUCCCAUGUUUAUCAGGUCUUGUACAUACUUCUAGCAUUCUUUCUGCAACCUCUUAUGUAAUGUUC